GCAGCAGCUGAAACAAAUUGGAAGGCUGAACUAGUGCUUAUAGGUUGAUCAAAUUAUCGUCCUCUCUAAUUUCAGGAGGCAGAGUUUGCAGUUCUGGCAUUUGAAUGUUUCGUGCGGCAAUUACUCUUUUUUGACAAUUAUGCUGCUUGGGGCUUGGUUCAUUUGUAUGUAUAUCACAAACUGACUCCCUGCAUUUUGUUUUUUCCAUUGCUGUGUUAGUCUAAACUAGGGUUCAGGCAGAUCAGCAAUUAGCAUUAGGGACCUCCCCCUCCUCUGUCCCCUUGGAUUUGUUUGAUGAUUUCUUGUAAGAGUAGUUGUGAAAAUUCUUAUGCUGUUGUAUUUGAUAUCAGGUAGCUUUUCAGUUUUCAUAGUUUUCAGAUAUCUCUCCAUCCUUCUAUGGCAUUUUCUUUUCUGCUUUCAGAUGUUUUAUUUGCACUGUCUUGCCAUUUUUAUGAAUUUUGAGUGUUUCAAACUUUAGAUGUUUGGCGUGGUGCAAAUGUUAUCAUAUCAUGAAAAUGCAAGUAUUAAAAGGGAUUUGCAACACAAUUUCUAAAACAUUCCCAUAGCUUUUCUUGUUAAUAUGUUUCUGGUAGGAUUACCCUUUUGAUUGUUUAUAAUAAUUUUAACCCUGCUUGAAAACAAAAUUAAUUAUUGUUAUUGGUAAUGGUAAUGGUAGGAGAAUUGAUAUUUUAAAGGGAAAAAAUAAAGGAUUGUGGUCUUGAAUACGGGUACAUAUAACCUUAUUUUUAUGAUUGAUUGUAUAUAAGCUUGGAUUUUUAGAAGAGAUGUUAGCAGCUUUAAUAUUUGUAUUAUUAUUUUUACUUGAAUCUGAUUGUUUUGUUAACGUUCAAAUUUGUUUUAAAUCGUUUCCUAUUUAAAUAUUAUUACCGGAAUAAAAAAAUAUUUAUUAGAUGGUGACAUCCAUUGAAUGCAUUUUUACCUUCCUUAAAUAUUUGGUUUCGUGGUAAGAAAGGAUUCUACAUCAAACUAUUGAGUUCCUUUAGAAGUAUAAAAUUUAUUUUUAUUUUACAAAUAUGUAAAUCGAUAUCUCAUUUGAGCAUCCAAUAAUAGUUAUUAUAGAUUUUAAAAUCUAAAUACCAUUUGAAGCAAAAUCGAAGUGGAUUUCGUAUUUGAAUUUUCGUCAAAAUUUAAUAUUCGAAUUUAAUAAACAUUUGAACUUGUAAUGUCAAACCAAUUUUUAUGGUUUUUUUUACAAAAUAGUACUUUUUUUCAUUCAAUCCUUGUGGUCCUAAAUUUUACUUUAAAAAAAACCUUGUAUUGUACCUGAGAAAUAAGCCAAAUCCAACGAAAAUGUAAACUAUCCAAGUUGUCAGCCAGACUUUCAACAAUUUAUUUCUUUGUUUCAUUAAAAAAGCAAUUUCUUUUAGUAAUUAUAAACGACAAUUCACGAAAGUAAUUUUUUUUUUUAAAAUUUCAUUAAGAAAAUGUAUCGAGUUAUUUCUUGUUUAUCAGGUUAGUAUAGUGACAAAUUUACCUUAAGUACUUCUUGGAUUAAAUAAUUAAGGACCAAAAGCCCACUAACAUUAAUUUAUUUAUUGGAUUUUUUUUACUCUAUGACCAGAAGACCAGCUUUCGCUUAACUCAACUCUUCUAUAGUUUGAUCCUUCCAAAUUGAAGUUCCCCCAUAAUACCCAAAAUGUCAUUCAAUACAUUAUAACUCAUCUUCUCCGUGAUAUAUGUAUGUAUAUACUACGCAACAACUUUUCCUCCCUAUUUUCUCCUUUCUCCGAUUGAAUAUGUGAAAUCACUUUUUAGGGUUUUUAAAAAUUUAUAUAAAAAAAACAAUAAUUAUAAAUUGGCCAGCCUUAAAAGAUUUUUUUUAAAAAAAAUCGUGUCAAUCGGCAAACCAUUGUCGGUAGUUGAUGGGUACGAAGGCAUGGCAAACGAGGAUGCUAAUACUGGUUUUCUGGUGGAGGCUAACGUGCGCCGUCUUCGUCCCUUUAAGGAUUCCGUUAUGUCCCAAGGUCUCCGUUUCCGACGCGAUCUUUGACUUCAGAGACUCCUAUUGUCCUAUUAUCUCUGCUCGUACUCAAUCUAUCGACUUCGUUGGCGUUACCGAGGGAGAUGAGGUUUCGAUGCAAAAGGCGCUUAACAUGGUAUAUAAGAACGGUCAUGGAUAUGUAGCAGUGCUUUUCUAUGCAUCUUGGUGCCCCUUUUCAAGGUCUUUUAGACCAAGCAUCAAUAUCCUUUCUUCUUCCUAUCCUUGCAUUCCCCAUUUUACCAUUGAAGAAUCAUCUGUCAGACCAAGCAUACUCUCAAAGUAUGGAGUUCACGGGUUUCCUACUCUUUUCCUUUUAAAUUCUACGAUGCGUGCACGUUAUCAUGGAAAUCGAUCUUUUGAAUCUCUUGGUGCAUUCUAUAGUGAUGUCACUGGCAUUAAGAACUCUCUGGAUAAAACAUCAUUGGAAAAAAUUGGACACUUGUCAAAUCAAGAGAAGCAUAAUAGCACUGAGCAGGAAAGCUGCCCAUUCUCGUGGGCAAGAUCUCCGGAGAAUUUACUUCGACAAGAGACAUAUUUGUCUUUGGCCACCACUUUUGUGCUUUGUAGAUUGCUUUACCUAUUGUAUCCUACUUUGCUUGUAUUUGCUCAGUUAACAUGGGGACGGCUGAUUCGAAAUGUUAAACUGGGGACUUUGUUGGAACAUCCUUUGGCCUAUCUGAAACGAGCAAUCCAGCUGUUUAAUUCCAUGAAGGAACCUUGCAAGAGAAGCAACUUGCAAGGCGCAAUGAAUGCUAGAGCAUGGGCCUCUAAAUCCCUUGCUACCGUUUCAAUUGGUGACGCUAACACAAAUCGUGUUGUGCCAGUAACUGGAUGUCGCUAACCCCUUAGGUAUAUGUUGUUUCCUUUGAAAUCUUUGGCCGCAAUCUCAUGGAAGCAGGAGCCCUUUUGAUACAUGACUUUUUAAUACAUCAACUUCGGUGUUAAUUUGAAUUAUGGCAUGUCGACCCUGAACUAGUAAAGUUUCAUUUGUCAAUAUUAUUUAACACCAAAAAACGGCGCUGCAACUUUGUGAGCCAUUUUUGGCUCAUUUGAAGCAUGUUUGCCACGUUUUGUUAAAUAAUGGUAAACCUUCGUGUUCUAUCUUAUAUUAUUAUCACUUGGAGCUGCAAAA